GCAGUUUGCAGAAAUUCACUUUGUCUCAGCCGCCGCAUUCCCCAGUUUCCGCACUUUUACUUUCGCUGGAGCCAGCGGCGACCCAAAGGCAAAUCCAAACUCCAAACUACCACACAUAUUAUGGGUACAUCAUUCAUCAUUAUUCUACAACAGAUACUAGUAGACUGGCUGAACGCCAACCAUGACGAGCAAUAGCAAUAGCAACAUGAGCAGUGAAGGCGUGAGUCGAACGAUGGAAGCCACUGGUAGUGUAAGCGUAAGCCACAGCAUUGGUGCCUCUGAUCAAUCAGCAACAAAGAAUGAAGUUACCAGUAACGUUCUCCAAAAAGACAAUCGCGCGGUAUCGAGAUCACGAGCGUUGGUCUUUGUGGUCUUGGCCACUGCUGCGGCUGUCUUGGCUUAUCUGACUUACUUUUACGUCCACAUGGAGCAACGGGAAGACUUUGAAAAUGAGUUUGCCAACUUGGCAGACGAGAUUAUGGACAUUUCCCAGCAGAACGUCAAGAAGGUCUUUGGGACUCUAGAAGGCUUGAGCGUUGCAGCAACGUCCCAUGCUCUCCACAACAACGAAUCAUUCCCUUUUGUCACCAUUCCAAACUACCCAGUCAAGGGGGCCACUGCCCGUGCAUCGUCGCAGGCGCUCAUUAUUGCCUACUUGCCUCUCGUUUCAGAAGAAAACCGAAGAGACUGGGAACAAUACUCAGUCGAUAAUCAAGAUUGGAUUCAAGAUUCGUAUCCAAAAGACGUACAAGUGCAACCCAUCCUUCAACAGAUCCAUGCCUACGGACCCAAAGAACCCAAACCUCCUCAAGAAAAUCGUAGUCGCCGUCGCCAUCUAUCUUCCGCCUCCUGCUCUGACGAAGGACGACGCAUGCUCAAAGAAAGAAUCACAGAACCAGAAGGAUCUGGGCCGUACGCUCCAGUUUGGCAAAUGACGCCGACACCCCCCGCUAACGACACGGCCACGCUCAACUACAACCUUUUCGACAAACCCGUUUACGAAAAGGGGGUCAACUUUAUUGCAUACUCACGAAAGCCCGUCUUUCUAGAUGUAUGCAAUCAAGCGGCAUGGUUUGGGGGGCACUACUCCAACAAGGACGUACUCCAAACAGCGGUAGUGCAGCCAGUUUUCGAAAGCUUUGAGGAAGAUGCCCCCAUUGUUGGCACCUUUGUUGCAAUCAUCCCUUGGAAGACUUUCUUUGACAACAUUGUACAUGCACGGGCACCAGAAGUACGAGUCGUACUAUCCAACACUUGCAACGAAGUCUUUACGUUCUCCAUCCAGGGUCACAAUGCAGUCUUUUUGGAUGAAGAGGACUUGCACGAUCCCACCUACGAUUCCAUGGCACAACAGUCACCCUUUGCCGAGUUUGCCAAUCCAAAAGAACUACUCGAAGCGGAUCUCGGAGAACAUUGCGUCUAUAACGUCCAUGUCUACCCCACAAAAGACCUGGAAGACUCCCAUUUGACCAAUGAUCCCAUUUGGUACUGUCUCCUCGUACUGGCCGUAUUCAGCUUUACUUCCAUCAUCUUUCUUCUAUACGACAUGCUAGUACAACGCAGGCAAAUGAGACUGGUCGAAGAUUCCGCAAGGAAACACGAACAAAUCGUCUCCUCCUUGUUCCCAGAAAUGGUACGAGACAGAGUCUUUGAUGCCAAUCAAGAAAUGGAACGGCUGCAAUCGAUCCACCAACACAAAAACUAUACACACAGCUACAGUGACACACACUUUGACAUGGAAGAAAUCUUGCAAGAAACAAAACCCAUUGCCGAUCUAUACCCGGCCGCCACCGUCAUGUUUGCUGAUAUGGCAGGCUUCACUGCUUGGUCCAGUAUUCGUCAACCAGGAGAUGUCUUCAAACUGCUGGAAUUGGUCUACCACUCCUUUGACUCCUCCGCAAGAAUGUACAAUGUCUUCAAAGUUGAAACAGUGGGUGACAGCUACGUUGCCGUUGCGGGCGUUCCAGAGGCACGUAUUGACCAUGCGGUUGUCAUGGCUCGCUUCAGCCGGAACUGCAUGGAACGAUUUGGUCGCAUCAUCAAGAAGCUGGAAACAAGACUCGGACCAGACACUGCCACGUUGAAACUCCGCAUUGGGUUGCACAGUGGUCCGGUUACUGGAGGUGUGCUGAGAAAUUCCAAGAGUCGCUUCCAGUUGUUCGGCGACACGGUGAACACAGCGUCUCGAAUGGAAACUACAGGGCUUCCUGGCAAGAUCCAAGUAUCUCGCGAAACUGCCGAUCUUCUGAUCGCCGGUGGAAAGGAGUGUUUCUUGGAACCUGGUUCUGACCUGGUCGAUUGCAAGGGGAAGGGCUCCCUUCAAACGCACUUUCUAAAGGUGAAACGACGAACUCACUACGACCAAGAAGGCAGCAUGUCUGGAGAAACCAACCACAGCAUGUCGGGUGAGGAAUCGGGACCGUUCCGUUUCCAGGACGAAACACAAAAGUUGGUGGAGUGGAACUGCUCCAUGCUGAUUCCACAUCUCAAGGCCAUUCUGGCUCGACGACAAGUCACCAAGCCGACACGAAGCAAGGAUCUCAGUACCGUGGAAAAAGACCUCAGUGAAAAGUACAUGGUGCUGGGAGAGGUCAAAGAAAUCAUUGAUUUGCCGUCCUUCGUCCCCGGUAUGCCCGAAAUUGAUCCUUCGAGUGUCCGAUUGGACCAAGAAGUGGUAGAUCAGCUCCGUCGUUACAUCAUGGUGUUGUCUCAGCUCUACCAAGACAACCCCUUUCAUUCAUUCAAUCAUGCAAGCCACGUUACCAUGUCCACAACCAAGCUGCUGGCCAGGAUCAGCAAUGGUUCUUCGGAUGAUCCGCAGACGUUUGGCAUCUGCGAUCCACUGACUCAGUUUUCCAUUGUCCUCUCGGCGCUCCUGCACGACGCCGAUCAUGGCGGGAUUCCGAACCCCACACUGAUCAAGGAGAAUCCAACUCUUGCCAGUGCAUACAAAAACAAGAGUGUAGCUGAGCAGAACUCUAUUGAUCUUGCAUUUAGUGCUUUGAUGCAACCCCAGUUUGAUGCGCUUCGCAAGUGCAUCUACUGCAACGAAGCAGAGCUGCGCCGAUUUCGCACAAUCAUCGUGAACUCAGUCAUGGCGACCGAUAUCUUUGAUCCUGAGCUCAGCUCUCUUCGCAAGAAUCGGUGGAAUCGAGUAUUCGAAGACAACACCAGCAGCUGCAGUGACAGUGACAGUUCGCGGGGGGUGUCAAUGACCGAAGAGGGAAUCAACCGGAAGGCGACUCUGGUCUUGGAGCAUCUGAUCCAGGCUUCGGACGUGUCGCAUUGUAUGCAGCACUGGUUCAUCUACGUAGACUGGAAUUCCAAGCUCUUUGAAGAAAUGUAUAGGGCAUACCGAAAGGGAAGAACCAAUACGGAUCCUUCAACGGGUUGGUACAAGGGCGAAAUCUGGUUUUUCGACAAUUAUGUGAUUCCACUUGCGAAAAAGCUCAAGGACUGUGGAGUCUUUGGAGUGUCAAGCGAUGAAUACUUGAACUACGCUGUGAAGAAUCGUCGCGAAUGGGAGGUUCAUGGGGAGGAGAUCGUUGCUGGCCUUGUGGCCAAGUUUUCAUCUAUUGAAAUGUCUCCAGACGACGACGUUGCUGGUGAAGAAGAGGAGCCAAAAGAUGAUGGCUUCGCUUCUGUUAUAGAAGUCUAGCUAGCUAGCGUUGGGUAAAUCUUUGAAGCAGCCAUGGUACACAUGUAUUAUAAGAAAAGAAAGGGGGAUAGUAGGAUGUAUUAGUUUUUGGAGG